GGAGGGUGAGAGGACGCAGCGCAAACAUUCUCACGCACAGCGUUUAUCCAGGAGCAUAAACCAAAAAAUAAAAAAACAAAAGCACGCAACGGCCGCACGACUGGAGACAGAAACAGCACGAGCGGAAAAAAGCGACAAACCGUUGCUUGAACUUUCCUGGAGAUUACGCAUGUGGACUCGUGCACUGGGGACACUUGCUCGACAGACACACAAUAAAGGAAAUCAUAUGAAAGCUGACUACAGACCCUUAUCUAUCAAGCCCACUGGACUCCUGUCUGAUGAAAAUACAUCGGCUGGAAAAUAUUUCCUACAAAUUAUGCGGGACAAAGUCUUACAAACUUUAGAGCACAAGCAGAGUAACGUCUGAAGCCUCUAGUUUGGUAGUCCGAUUACCCAGAGACUGCCUGCUUCCAAAUGAAUUUCUGCUAUUCUUUGGCUGUGGAGAAGAGGAAUUGAGCACUGCAUGAGAAAUCUCUGUUACGGAUUACUGAGGAUCAAGCCAGACCAACACCCCGUGAUCAGUAAUGGCAUCUAUAAAUUGGAAUUACACCUGAAACGUGAUCAAAUUACAGAAAGUCAAAAAGUUGCUUUUAUCCUGUUGGAUUAUCACUUCUGACAUGUAUGUCAGUUUUCCAGUGUUUUGUUUCAACUGAUUCACUGUUCCACCAAUGUAGCGAAACAAAGAAGUGUAUAUAUAAAUCUGGUGGGCAAAGGAACAAAAAUGUAUAAAAAAUUAGGCAAAAUAUUUUGUUCCAUUUACUGCAGCUGAAUUCCUGCUUCUGUUUAGAUUUUAAAAAAAACAUUAAACCUCUGCUCCCCUGGUAAACUGACAAUAGCUGCUUCUCCAGAGACAGCAUUUGUCCUGUUAGUUUAUCAGCUCUUACUUUAUUUGCCUUGUUUCUCUUCUGCCUGGCCCCUGUAAUGUUCCAUUGCCUCCGUGCCAACAUAAAGCCAUGCCAGUGCCUGAGAUGGCUCUAAGUCCUGUGAAAUCUUUACAAUGGGAGGUCUUCCCCCCAAUGGCUACAUGCCGGGUUUACUGCACACCUGUUCUCUGGGGUGACCGUCUUUAUGUGAUCGGGGGCUGCAGCGAGAGUGGAAUGCCUCUAGAAUCUGCAGAGGUCCUGGACUUAGAGAGCCAAAGCUGGUGUCAGCUCCCCCCAUUGCCCACUGCCAGGGCAGGGGCUUCGGCUGUGGCACUGGGGGACCAACUGGUGGUGAUGGGGGGCAUGGAUGCUCAGCAGAGUCCUCUGGCAUCAGUGGAGGUCUAUCACCCUGAUGAGGGCAAGUGGGAGAGGAAAACUGGAUUGGGACAGGCAUCAAUGGGCAUAACUGCCUUGGAGAUAGAGGGCAAGGUGUACGCACUGGGGGGUAUGGGUUCUGACACUAGUCCGCAGGCACUGGUGAGAGUCUAUGAGCCAGUUAAGGAUCAGUGGCUAUCUCUGGCUUCUAUGCCCACUCCACGCUAUGGAGCCUUCUCCUUCCUGCGUGGCAACAAGCUCUACGUUCUCGGUGGACGUCAGGGCAAGAUGCCAGUGACCGCAUUUGAGGCCUUUGACUUGGAGAUGAAGAGCUGGACACGCUACCCAUGCAUCCCUAGCCGCAGGGCCUUCUCCAGCUGUGCCGCCACAGAGCGUGCCUUCUACAGCCUAGGUGGACUUCAGCAGCCCGGCCCUCACAACUUCUACUCUAGACCACACUUCGUCUCCACUGUGGAGGAAUACGACACAGAACAGGGUGUUUGGCUGAAGCCCACACGGAGCUGCCGGAUGAGAGAAAAGCGGGCGGACUUUGUGGCUGGCUGUCUCGGUGGACGGGUGAUUGUUGCUGGGGGGCUGGGUAAUCAGCCUUCGCCUUUAGCUUCAGCAGAGAGUUACAACCAUGUGAAGAGGAGGUGGGAGGCUGUAGCUCCGAUGCCCACCCCGCGCUGUUCCUGUACCCAACUACAAACCACGAACAUGCUAUUCCUAAUCGGUGGUGUAUCGCAGGGUCCCAGCAACGCAGUCGAGGCUCUCUGUCUGCAAGAAAGUGUCUGAGUGUCUUUUUUGCACCUAUAAAGGACAUGUUCUGGAUUCUGCAGGCAUAAGAGACAUGCAUAUGAAACAGCAGAGUCUUGCUUUGCCUGAGUCCACCUUCAACAGAGUUUACUGGAGACAAUCUACAAGAGUCUGGACAGAAACAAAUAAAUCUCGGGGUGGAAUAAAGACUUCGAUGUCUCAGACAAGCAAGCAAAAAACCACUA